CUGGCUCUCCUGAGCCGCUGGUACUCACUCACUCACUCACUCACUGCUGAGAAGAUGGCUAAACCACAUAGACGUAUGUCGCCCAAUUGAUAUAAAAUGACCGCGUUUGCAACCGAUGUCCAUCCACUUAACAGAGGAUUCAGCACUGACACCGGUUUGAGCUCCAGCCGACAGCGAGACAGGUUGGUGUCAUAAUUCGUUGCAUUGGAUAGCUGUCAUUGAAAGAGGGAAGUCUGUUUUAUCAUGAGCCUCAUGGCGAUCACCUCCAGUUGAAGCACCACCACCACGUCCUCACACACUUUUUUUAAGUCACAGCCACAAGAUCAGAAUUUAAAGGACACUCAACAUCAAAUCCAGUUUUGUAGUCAGGUCCACUCUUUUUAUUGAGCAAAAGAUGUACAGUAGUGCCCGCUCUGUUGGCAGAGGGGAUGCCAACCAUAGUGCAGGACGAGAUGGAAGUGGUACUGGUAGUCAGGGAUCCGGCCGUUCUCCUCGCCUUCCCCGUUCUCCUCGAAUGGGACACCGUCGCACUAACAGCACUGGAGGCAGUGGAGGGGGGCCUGGAGGAGCAGGAGGCAAGACGCUUUCCAUGGAGAACAUCCAAUCCCUCAACGCUGCAUAUGCCACCUCAGGACCAAUGUACCUGAGUGACAAUGAGGUGGCCAUGGCAGGGGACCACAUUCCUAAAAGUGGUGGGACAGUGACAACCAUGGGGCGGCAGAGGGUGACGUAUGGUUCCAGGGGCAGCAGCAGUGGAGUGGUGGCUGCUAGCACACCCAACAUCUCCACCUCAAUACCUGCCACUGCUGUGUUGCCAGCAGGCAUGAUGGCGGGUGAUGCUCUUGCUUUUGGGGACCAUCACAUGGCCUCCACUGUGCCUCAUUCUCUGAGGCAGGCCAGAGACAACACCAUACUUGACCUGCAGUCGCAACUUAAAGAGGUUUUGCGUGAGAAUGAGAUGCUGCGGCGGGAGGUGGAAGUUAAGGAGAGCAAGCUCAGUUCCUCCAUGAAUUCUAUAAAAACCUUCUGGAGCCCAGAGUUAAAGAAAGAGCGAGCUCUUAGGAAAGAUGAGGUUUCUAAGAUCACUGUCUGGAAGGAACAAUACCGUGUCAUUCAAGAUGAAGCACAGCAUCUCCAGAUGACUGUUCAGGCUCUUCAGGAUGAGCUAAGGAUCCAAAGGGAUCUCAACCAGCUCCUUCAGCAAGAUCCCGCGAACCAAGGCCGGGACCUGGCCCUGACAUCUGAACCUACAGAGGAGAAUUACCGGCGGCUACAUGUUGAGCAUGAGAGACAGGCCAAAGAACUCUUCCUCCUGAGGAAGACCCUGGAGGAGAUGGAGCUGAGGAUUGACACCCAGAAGCAAACCCUGGGAGCCAGAGACGAAUCCAUUAAGAAACUUCUGGAGAUGCUGCAGAGCAAAGGGCCAUCUGCCAAAGCCUCAGAAGAGGACCAGGAGAGGACCAGGAGGCUGGCUGAUGCAGAGAUGCACAGACAUCACCUUGAGAGUUUACUGGACCAGAGAGACAGAGAGACCGCCGCUCUGAGAGAGGAGCUGCACCGUCGCUAUGAGGGAACCCCAGAGUCGACCAAAACUAAGGCUCUACAGACUGUCAUUGACAUGAAGGAUGCAAAAAUCAAUUCAAUGGAGCGGGGCCUGAGGGACAUGGAGGAGGAGCUGCUUAUGAUGAAAUCCAAUGGACUUCUGAGCUGUGAGGAGCGUCAGGAAGAGAUGAAGCAGAUGGAAGUUUACCGCAGCCACACCAAGUUCAUGAAGAACAAGAUGGAGCAGGUGAAGCAGGACCUCUCCAGGAAGGACACGGAGCUGCUUGGUUUGCAGACCAAGCUGGAAACGCUCACCAACCAGUUCUCGGAUAGCAAGCAACACAUUGAAGUCCUCAAGGAGUCACUCACUGCCAAGGAGCAGCGAGCUGCCAUUUUACAGACCGAGGUUGAUGCCUUACGCCUGCGUUUGGAGGAAAAAGAAGCAACUCUGAACAAGAAGAGCAAGCAGAUACAAGAAGUGUCAGAAGAGAAGGGCACACUUAACGGGGAAAUCCACGACCUCAAAGACAUGCUGGAGGUUAAGGAGCGCAAAGUUAAUGUGCUACAGAAGAAGAUUGAGAACCUCCAGGAGCAACUGAGGGACAAGGAGAAGCAGAUGAGCAGCCUGAAGGAGAGAGUCAAGUCUUUGCAGGCAGACACGUCCAACACUGACACUGCUCUCACCACGUUAGAGGAGUCUCUCGCAGAAAAGGAACGCAUCAUCGAGCGUCUAAAGGAGCAGCGGGACAGAGACGACAGGGAGAAGACAGAGGAGCUUGACUGUAACAAGAAGGAACUGAAGGAGCUGAAGGAGAGACUGAGUCUGCUGCAAGGAGAUCUGUCAGACAGAGAGACCUCACUGUUGGACUUGAAGGAGCAUGCAUCAUCUCUGGCCUCCUCAGGGCUGAAGAAGGACUCAAAACUCAAGAGUCUUGAGAUCGCCUUGGAGCAGAAGAGAGAAGAGUGUCUUAAACUGGAGAAUCAGCUUAAGAGGGCUCAAAAUGCAGCCCUGGAGGCUCAAGCCAACACAGAGCUGGCCGAGCGCAUUAAGAACCUCGAGCAGGAAGUUGCCCGCCACAAAGAGGAUUCUGGGAAGGCCCAGGCUGAGGUGGACCGCUUGCUUGAGAUCCUGCGGGAGAUGGAGAACGAGAAGAAUGAUAAAGAUAAAAAGAUCAGUGAACUGGAGAGUUUGGCCUCCAGGCAAAUGAAGGACCAGACAAAGAAAGUGGCGUCUCUGAAGCACAAAGAGCAGGUGGAGAAAAGCAGAAAUGCUCGGCUCAUGGAGGAAGCUAGAAAAAGGGAAGACAACAUGUCUGAGAGCUCCCAGCAGGUGAAGGACAUUAUGCGUCAGAAGUCAGAGCGUAUAGAGGAGCUGGAGGAGGCCCUGAGAGAGAGCGUUCAGAUCACUGCUGAGAGAGAGAUGGUGCUCGCACAGGAGGAGGCUGCCAGAUCACUGCAGGAGAGACAGAAGCACUCACUCAAACCAAUGCAUGAGUCGAACCUCGCCCACAUUAAGUUGUCAAAGAUGGAGGAGCUGUUGGGGGCCAUGGAGAAGGUGAAACAGGAGCUGGAGUCUAUGAGAGCCAAGCUGUCAUCCACCCAGCAGUCUCUGUGUGAGAAGGAGGCACACCUCACUACCCUGCGAGCUGAGCGCAGGAAACACCUGGAGGAGGUGCUGGAGAUGAAGCAGGAGGCACUGUUGGCUGCCAUCAGCGAAAAGGAUGCUAACAUCGCCCUUCUGGAAUUGUCCUCCUCCAAGAAGAAGAAGACCCAGGACGAAGUGUCUCUGUUAAAGAGGGAGAAGGACAGACUGGUGCAGCAGCUUAAGCAGCAGACUCAGAACAGGAUGAAGCUCAUGGCAGACAACUAUGAAGACGACCAUCUGAAGACUGCCCCUGACCAGACAAAUCACAAACCCUCUCCAGAUCAGAUGAUACCCCCUCUUCUAGCCCUGUCCCAGAACCGCAGUAAGCUCAAGCUCUACAUUGCCCACCUGACCGACCUCUGCCAUGACCGGGACCCCAGCAUUCUUAGCCAGCUCACACCGCCCUCUCACUACCACCACAGCGACCCUGAAGACUGGGAGGAGGAUCUCCAGAAGAUGACUGUCGAACAGUUGGAACGGGAGCUGGAGGUGUGUGAGAAGGAGAGCGGAGAGCUGCAGGAGUACGCCAACUCUGUUCUCCAGCAGAUUGCGGACUAUUGCCCCGAUAUCCUGGAGCAGGUUGUCAAUGCUCUGGAGGAGUCGUGCUAACAACAACAACAACAACCCUGACCUCAGACACAAAGCAGCUGACUCUUGGUCCUGGUAAAACCUGUAGCUGAGCCCCAGUGAGGCUCCUGGAAAUAAUAAGGGAAGGAAGAAUGCAGGGGCCUUAUCUCAAACCCACCAAGCUCUAAUUCUUUGCUCCCCUCAUCAACCCUGGAACAAACCUGAGUGCUUUCCUGUCUCAUGUGUCUCUAGAGCAGCAGUGAUCGAAUUAGGGAUGUUCACGGUCUUAUCAUAUUGCUCUCAAAUAUGCCACUUUGAGCAAAUAUCAUAUUACUUACUGCAAACUGAGGUCUGAUCAAUUAAUGAUGACCACAGCAGAUGGUGUACUCACAGAUAGAGACGGCUAAACAUGUGUCAGGCAGGCAACAGCACAGAAGACCUUCUUUCCACCAAGUGGUAUCGUUCAGUUUAGUUUUUGUGUGGUGAUUGUCAAAAGCUGUGAUGGGUCAUUAUUGUUCUUAGCAUCCUCAGUUGGAGCCGGGUCAUACUUCUACUAGGUCUGCUAGGGUCUGCAUGACGUUCAUUUCUUCCUCCACCCGUUUGCGUGUUGGUCCACGUGGACAAAGUGGCACACACCUCCAGUUUAAAUCUGCGCACACGCUGCACACGCUGCACAUGCUGUCUUUAGCACAAAGCUUUCCGUUCCAGUCGAGGGUGACCUCUCGUUUUGGUCAAAGGAGACGACAAAGACAAUAGUAACCAUGGACAGUUUAAAAAAUUUGAUGUGUAUGAAAAGCUAGACUGAUGCCGAGUCUCGUUAUGGUAUGAACAGAACUGCAGGCACAUGACGCACAUGUGGAAAUGCAGAGCAGCUCCACCAGGUCCGUACUGUGUCACAUUCUUCUUUUGUUGCAUUUAUUGGCAGACUUCACUGUGUCACACUGGGGUGAGUAACGUAGCUGACACAGCUCACACACACACACGCACACGCACGCCACUUGGUGGAAACACAAGCUAGAUUGGGAUUUACCGUUUCACAAUGCACUGAACGGAACCGAACUGGUAACACUUGGUGGAAACGCAACUUCAGAAGUUGGUCAGGAAAUUAAACAUGCAAAAUUAAAUAUAUAUCUACAGUAUAUCUAUAUCUAUAUCAAAGCACACCUUUAAAGUCUAGGACUGUUGCGUUUGGGAGGGGAAAGACUUCUGCACAAGGGCUUGGACAAACUGCCAACCGUCCUCUCCCUGGACCCCGUCAUUCACAGCAGGAAUUGCCAGAUCCAGCACAGUUACCUCACCGUUUACCUCAUAGGUUUGUCUCACAAUAUUGUUAGAAGAAGGGGGUGACUCUGUUCCCUCACGUGGGGCAGGAAAGCACUUUGAGAACUGGGGAGCUGCUACAUCUCGAGGGGAUCAGGGAGGAGAAAAGUUUGGUGUGUGAGUCGUGGAGCUCUGUAGACGCUCGUCUUGUAUUUUACUCAAAACUCACGAGAUGGAAAAACAGCCGCCGGUGGCCGAUCGUCACUCUCUUACCAAAUAAAUGUAGCUGUUGUCCAAAUGGUCUCCCAGCUCAGAGUUGUGGAUCUGUCUGUGUAGGUAGGAUUAAGAACAUUUUGAUGUGGGUAACUGGCAGGAGAGGGGGAACCAAGACUGGACCUUUGACACUUAUCAAUGACCAGAAUUUAGUUAGAAUACGUUUUCAGGAGAUGAGAGGGAGGGGGAGAAAAAAAAGCUUUCACUUCUUGUGAUGUAUUAAUUUUUUUUAAUUUUUUUUUCUUUAACAAAAAAGGGUUUUGCACACAACGUCCACUUGUCUAUAAGGUAUGCAAUGUUUCUUUUGAGAACGUUCUAGUGGCCUUGGAGCAUGCACAGAGAUCAGUACUGGACCUAAUGCAGGGAAAUUUCUUCCUCUGUAAUAUUGGUGCUACGGCAUGAUGUAGGGAAUUUUCUGAUCUGAUCCACCGAUCAUUCAGUUUCAUCCAAAGUUUCUAUAGAUUUUACUUAAAGCCCACCUGACCUUCAGUUUGACAAGAAAAUGGCUGAAGAACCCGUGUGACGCCGCCCCCUUUUGUCUCAUGUUCGUCAGGUCACUUUAACAAGUGAUGCCUCCUUUUCUUGUGUCUUUUGAAAUCUUCAGGGCUGAGGUUUUUAAUUACUAAGUGCAUCUACGUGUACAAGACAUGAAAAGUCACUUUUCAGCAGAUUUUGACUUUUUAAGUGAUCCGUUUGUAAAAAAAAAAAAAGAAGUGAUAUUUAACACGUACAGUGACUGAAAUAAAGGUAAUUAAGUGGAAGGUGUUGUGCAUUCUUUAAAAAAAAUAAUAAUCACAAGUUCAAAGCAGUGCAGUUGUCUUUUGUGUGUAAAUUUGUCAUCAGGACAAAAUGUGCGUGCGUGCGUGUGACGGUACUGCCAUAAAUUGCGGAAAGUCAUGUUCUAUAGAGAUAUAUAUAUAUAUAUAAAUAUAUAUAUAAAAAAUAUA